AUGGGCAGGAUAUGGAUCGUGGUUUUGAGUUUGGGAGUUGUGUUGUUCACUGUUCCUGGUUCCACUCAGGAUUCACCAAAGACAAUGUUUCUGAUCUCAGGUCCAAAAGUGUUGCAUGCUGGGAUGCCGACUUCUCUGGCUGUCACUGCAGUCCCUGACUUCUCUGGCAGGGUUGUAGUCGAAGUAACACACGAAAAAAACAAAUUAGCUCAUGCAGAGGACUCCCAAGAAGGUUCGACCAGGAUCCUGACACUCCCUCCUAUUCCUGGUUCUAUAACACACAACUCCCUUUUGACCCUGACGGUGAAGUGUUACACUGGGGAAACUCUCAUUUACACCAACACCACCACCCUCGUCUUCAGUCUCAGGAUUGUCUCCACCUUUAUUCAAACAGACAAACCGUACUACCAACCAGGCGAUACCGUCAAAGUCAGAGUGUUGGGUGUUCAGAUGGAUAACCGUCCGUACAAAGGUGAAGUGGAGGUCUCUGUUCAGGAUCCCAGCGGGAAGGUUGUUGAGACAUGGGAGAUCAAAGGGAAUCUGGGGAUUGUGUUGCAGGAAUUCAGUUUGUCACAAAUGCCUCCUCUUGGACAGUGGGGGAUCACGGCUACAGUGAAUGGUGUUACUGAUACCAAAGCAUUCAUGGUGGAGAAUUAUGAGCGUCCCUUUGAAUUGCUGCUUAAGACACCGUCACAUGUCCUCAUAGGAGAUAAUAUCUCAGGAUCAGUGAGAGCACUUUACCCCACUGGACAACCUGUAGAGGGACAACUAAGUGUCUCACUCACCCUGGUGUCUGCUACGCUUAAUGCAGAAUCUCCGUCCGUGCAAACGCUAACCAAAGAGAUCUAUGGGUCAACACAGUUUUCCUUCAGUAAAGAUCUUCUUCAAACCCUUUACACCUUACCAGGAUCGAGCAGAGGCAGACAUGUGCGUCUUGUUGCCUGUGUCACUGACGAUUUCACCGGCCAUAAAGUGAACACAACAGUGGAAAUCCACCUCAUGAAGGACAAAUUCCAGCUUACCUUCCAUGAUUAUCCGGCUACACUAAAGCCAUCCUUGUCCUCCUUUAUAAUACUUAAGAUCUGUAGAUAUGACAGAAAACCACUCAGCCCAGAGGAUCUAAUGAACCCUGCUGUAAUUGAAGUUACUCAGAGAGCAUCCAGUUUGGAUUUUGAAUCAAACACUCUGACACUUCCAGUGCCUGAAGAUGGGAAAGUCCAAUUUCAGAUUCACUUACAGGAAGGAAAAGAGAUACUAUUUAUUCAGGCAAAAUUCCAAUCCAGUGUGGAGACUCUGAUGGUAUAUAAAAACUACUCCUCCCCUAGUGGCUCUUACAUUCAGAUCUCCAAGCUGAAGACCAUACCUGCACAGAUUGGAUAUCCUCUUCAAAUAGACGUGGAGAGCAACUUUCAACCACCCAAUCUUCACUAUGUGGUUUGCUCUAGAGGUCAAGUAGUGGCUGCUGGGACAGAGGAGUCCUCCAGGUUUUGGCUGACCCCAUCAGUGUCCUGGUCCCCUGAGGCCUUCGUCACGGUCUACAGUAUCCUCUCUGAUGGAGAGGUCACCAGUGACACUGCAUGCAUCCCCAUCAACCAGCACAACCAUGUUUCUCUAAGCUGGAGCAGUGUCAGAGCCCAGCCUGGUGAGCAGGUAUCACUUGCUGUGACUCUCCUAGAGCCCAAGUCCCAGGUUGGAAUUGUGGUGAUGGGAAUGCAUGAUGACACCCAGAAGGCCGACCUCGACUUGAAAGUGGAGCAAGAAUGUAAUAUUUGGAUGAUGACCAAUGGCAGACUUGAUAAGAAAAAUCUGCCUGAUGGACAUAAAAAUGAUGAACGAACUUUAGCAGUAGAAAAAUACUGGACGAAUUUGAGGGAUACUACUGAUUCCAUGCUCUGGUUAGACACUUAUGUAAGUGAUAAAUCCUGGACAAGUGGGACAAUAACCGUUCCAGAUGGCAUCACUUCUCUGUCAGCUGUUGCACUGGUCAUGUCAGAUAAUCUGGGACUGGGAUUCACUCCUCUGCCAAAAGAGUUGACUGUGUCCAAAGAUUUUUCCUUAUCCCUGGAUGUCCCAUCAAGCCUCAUCAGAGGGGAAGAGAUCAUCCUGGAGGUGAAAAUAAUCAACCAUUUAGAUCAAGAUAUAGAGGUCAUCCUGCUACUAGCUCAGAGCGAGGCCUUUCACUUUGUUUAUGCAGAACGAGGGGAUGUCUCUGUGCUCAAUGCCAAAACACUCACCAUAGGGAGUCACAUGUCGGCUGUAGCUCUGUUCCCUAUAAGGCCUGUGGCUCUGGGUGAGAUGGAAAUAUGCAUAGAUGCCAUAUCAGAAGAUGCCUCUGACAGUCUUGUUUGGAGAGUGCUUGUAAAGCCUGAGGGAGUUGAACAGUCCUAUUCAGAGAGCCUUUUCCUGGAGCUGGCACCAGCGAAACACAACAACUCCAGACCAGUCUCAGUCCGCCUUCCACUAGAAGUGGUUCCAGGCAGCCAGAGGGCCCAUGUGGCAUUGGUUGGUGAAAUUUUGGCUUUAUCCAUCCAUAACUUGAAUUCACUGGUGCAGCUGCCUCUUGGUUGUGGGGAGCAGAACAUGAUCCAUUUUGCUCCAAGUAUUUAUGUCCUUCAGUAUCUGGACAAAUCCACCCAGGACAACAAAGAGAUCAGGAGCAAGGCUUUGAGCUACAUGAAGGAGGGAUAUCAGAGACAACUGUCCUUCCAACUCAAAGAUGGUUCAUUCAGUGCUUUUGGAGACAGCAGUGACUCUGGCAGCACAUGGUUGACAGCCUUCGUUCUGAAGUGCCUCCUUCAGGCUCAGACCUACAUGCACAUAGACCAGAGUAUCCUGACCAGGGCCAGGACCUGGCUCUUGAAACACCAGGGGCCUAAGGGAGAGUUCAGAGAGGUGGGAAAGUUGAUCCACACAGAGAUGCAGGGAGGACUGGAUGGUGGUUCGGUGGCACUUACGGCCUAUGUGCUCAUAGCGCUGCUGGAGGAUGAGCACUAUAUGGACCUGUACCCAGAGAAAGUGUUCCUGGCCCAGACAUAUCUGGAGGACAAAGUGUCCGGUGAAGUGGUCAGUAACUACAGCUUGUGUCUGGCGGCCUACGCUUUAGCUCUGGCUAACAGUCCGGUGUCUGGUAUUGCCUUGGCGCAGCUCAACAGAAGAGCUGACUACAGAGAUGGAGUCAUGAUGUGGCAGUCCCCCGCUGGCCACAAGUCACAUGACCAGCAGCCCAGCUCAGCACAAAUCGAGAUGGCCUCCUAUGUCCUACUGGCUCUUUUUAGACGCGGCAGCUUGGUGGAGGGCAUCGCUCUUAUGAAAAUGUUGAGCACGCAGAGAAACUUUCUGGGAGGCUAUGGGACAACACAGGACACCGUGGUUGCCCUCCAGGCACUGGCUUCCUAUGCUACCAUCAGUGGAGCUCACUCCAUUGAUCUCAGGCUAAACAUAUCCACCUCAGCAACUUCAUCUUUGUCUCCAUUUAGCAUCAGCUCCUCAAACUAUCGGACAUAUCAGAGCCAAGAGAUUAACGUUGACAAAGAUAUCAGCCUGAAUAUUUAUAUGGAAGGAAGAGGAUUUGCGGUAUUUCAGCUGAACGUCUUCUACAACCUGAAGAGUGAAGCAUUUUUACAGAAGCUACAGGGCACUAUGGACGAGGAGGCUUUCUCAUUAGAUGUGGCUGUUAGUGAGGAAAGAGACCGCUCUCACAUGCAGCUGUCUAUAUGUACAAGGUUAACGGACAAUCAGGUGAUAUCUCAAACAGGUAUGGCUAUAAUGGAUGUGGGCAUGCUCAGUGGGUUCGCCCUCGCCCCUGGAGCUGCUGCCCCAGAAGAAGUUAUCAAAAAAGUGGAGACAUUGCCUGAAAAAGUCAUCCUUUACAUUGAUUCAAUUACCAAGUCGAAAGUGUGCAUCACUCUUCCUAUCAUCAGGAAAUACAAACAAGCUCGAAUACAAGAUGCUGUGGUGCAGGUUUACGACUACUAUGAACCAACGAGAAAAGCGACAAGAAUGUACAACUCUGAUGCUCUGCGCAACAUGAACUCAUGCUUCUUCUGUGGGGACGACUGUGAUCUCUGUAGGCCAGGAAUCACAAUCACAGUUUCCAGCCCGGCAUCAUCUCAGUCAAUAAGGAGCGCCACCUACAGCCUGAUUUGCUUGUUUCUUGGAGUCUGUUCCUUUUUAUUGCUGUCUAAUUAG